AUGGGCAGUUCACAUUCAUCCUUAAUACCACAUUUUGAUGCGAAUAUUCGUACAAGGGAUGGAAAGACAUUUAAAUUAUCAUUUCGUGAUUUUGCUGAUCAUAUUGUAUUGCUACGUCGAAUGAUUGAGCAUCCAGAAAUGACACAGAAAGGUGAAGUGUUGAAUUAUUUUAUUGAAGAUUAUUGUAGACGCAUGUCUCACCAAGCAAUUACAGCUAGACAUAAACAAUGGAGACUUUCAUGGCAAACCGACUGGCUUUGGCAUGCUCAUCGUCUUCAUCCAAUUGCCUAUAAUAACGACUGUACUAAGCAAUUGGCGGAUGGUAAACUUGUUGAUAAAAGAUACCGACGAUUAAAAAUAAAACAACGUCAAAAAUACCGUUUACUCACUUUGCCUGAAUCAAUUAAAACUCCUUCAACGUUUGUUCCUUCGAUCGAUCUGACCAACGCCGUACUUCGUCAACGUGAUUUUCUUGAAAAAUUCAAGCAACAUCAUCUAUUUUCGAUGAAUUUACGACAAAUGGAUCGAAAUUCAUUUGAACAAAUGGUAUAA